UAAUGAAAGUUUCAAAAAGCCCGAACAAAGCAAGGUGAAGGCCGAGAAGUUGUAAAGCACAUUGAAAUUUGGCGCUAUACACAGUACUAUUGUUUAUAUCUUUACAAAGAUGUCGAAGAAAGCAGCGAAAGAUUCCAAAAGAUCCGCAACAUUACAAAAGGUCAAAGAGUUCAAGGACAACUUCAAAGAAGAGGGUGAUCAUUUAGUUCAAGAUGUCUUUCCAGCAAAAAUCUUGGAGUUAGAAGAGUUAUAUCAGAGUAUGACGAUGUCGUGUCUAGCAGAUAUCCAUGUUGACCUGAACAUUCCUGUGCCUGACCCCAUUUUGUUUUCCAACAAUGCAUCUGGAGAUGAGCCUAGUGGCAAGAAAAGGAAAAUAGAAAAUGAUAACCAUAACAAUGUAUCAGGAACACCAGUCAUGAUAUUACCAAAUGGACCUGCUCCCUCAAAUAAGAAACUAGUGGUUCUAGCAGAAAAGUUAAAACCAUUAAUACGAGACCUCAUUGACCACGCAAAUAUGAUGAAGAUGUGGAUAGCCUUUCUUAUUCCAAAAAUAGAAGAUGGGAAUAAUUUUGGUGUGUCAGUUCAGGAGGAGACGAUGGGUGAAGCCAGGCAGGUUGAGACUGAGGCAGCCACUUACCUGGACCAGGUGUCUCGCUACUUCAUCUCCCGUGCAAAACUCAUCUCCAAAGUGGCCAAGUACCCGCAUAUAGAAGACUACCGACAAGCAGUGCGAGAGUUGGACGAGAAAGAGUUUGUGAGUCUGCGAUUAAUCUGCUGUGAGGUCAGGAACCACUACGCAAGCCUUCAUGACCUAGUAUUGAAAAACAUUGACAAGAUCAAGAAACCACGAUCAAUGAAUGCAGAGAAUCUACUUUACUGAGUCUGCCAAUAAUAAAGACACGUCAACCUUUUUCUUGACUAUUUUCUAAAUUUCUUGAUAUGUCUGUUGUAUUCUCUCAAAGUUAUGAGGGGAGAAAAAAUAGAGCCUUUGGUUAUAAAUGCUGUAAAAGAAAAAGUCAUACAGGUGCAGCCAAAUGAAAAGUCACAUGUCUGCUUGCAUUUGUCUGUAUGCAUGGUAAUGUUGUGGUGAAUUUGGUGCUACAUUUUAAUAAGAUAAUAAUUAUUUGACAGCUGCAUAAAAAGGUAACCAAAACAAGAUAUUAUAUAUAAAGUUUUAUGUUACUCAGCAAAGUGUUCAUUAUUGUAUGGAUGUUACAGGGCUCAUUUCAUUUUUCAUAAGUAUUUUUUUCACCAGAGUUUGUGACUUUUGUUCAUCAGGUAUUUAAUCAUUUGUGGCGGCACACACUGUAUACAAGUUUGAAUGUGGCUGACUGACACUGGAGUUAAGGUUUUAAGUUACAUACCUCUUUGUUUUUAAUGCCAAUGUAAUCAUUGGUUUUACUGGGAGUCAGUUUCUUUUUUCUUGGUAUUUUUGACUUGCAUUGAACUCCACUAUUAACUCAUAAAUGUAUGUGUACUUAAAUAUGAGAAUAUAACGUAAAUGUAAACUAUCAUUAUUUUUUUUUUUUAAUUAUUAAAUUUUUUAUUCAAAAUGGCUUGUACAGUUUCAAAAAAUGUAUACCAGUAAAUGUGCCUCAUGAUGUAUGUAAUUAAUGAUGGUCAUUUUUAUUCCUCAAAAUGCUGAAUCCUUAUACAACAUUUCAGAAUAUUGAUGUUGAAUGAGAAGUCUGUAGAAAAACCUUUUAUAAUUUGGACUGUUGAAUAAUGGGAUGGGUCUUGCAAUUCAUUUAUAUCCUCUGGAAAUACUUGCUAAUGGAAUUCUCCAUACAACUCUAACCCUUAGAGCAAGGAAUUUCCUAGAUAUGGUGGAAGCCUUAUCGCAAGUUCUGUUUUUAUGUCAUUUGAAACAUGUGAAAUAAAAAAUAUAAAUGUUACAUGGUAUGUAACUGGUGUAAUGGCAUACAUUUCCAAUGAUUUUACACAGGCAUUUUUUUGUGAUGAUUUUAUUUUUAGUGGUGCAACCUGUUGAGGCAUGUAAAUGGUUGAAUAUCGUGUUUUUUUCAACUUGAUUGAAAAAUCUUCCACCAGAUUUUUUUUUUCAAAUACUAAUGUUGUUUAAAAUCCUUACAAUGUUUUAAGAUUUAGGAUAAGCAAGUACAACCAAUGCAACUGCCCUAAAAGUUUCCUAAAACAAGGAAUUCAUAUAUAGUUAUUUCAGUUAUUAAAUUGGUUUUGUUUUAAUUUUUUUCUCUGGAUUAAAAACAACUUUGAUUAUAUCAUGGUGUCAGUCCUGUCUCUUUGAAAGAGACUGUUGUUUUACCAUUGAAUUACAAUAAAUUAAACAUAAAUUAA